GACGAGUCAAAUCCAUAUCGGCCUUGCAAAACUGGUCCGCACGCGAGCUGGCCGUCAUCCGGAGCACCAUCCGGCCACCCAUACCACACGUCCCAUUGUGAUAGUCGCGAUGCAGUCCGAUAUACGAGAGCAGCUGCCACAGGUCGAUCCGGUCGUGGCAGAAUAUGCUUCCGGAUAUCUCGAACAUGAGCAUGGCUCCGAUGAAGCUGCCGCAGCCAUCUUGCAGCUUCUCUUGUCUGCAUCGGGGGAUCUUUCGGGUGAGAACGAAGCCUCAGUGCAGAACUUGGUCCAGAAAUUCGUCUCGCGUCUCCACAGCCAAGAUGGCAUUGAUGGGGGGCGGCGGCGACAACAGGCUCCUUCAGCCAAGAGGCUGGACCAGACCAUCCAAGUGGCCUCGCAGCGAGGAGUCUCCUCGACCUUGGGUCUGACCGGUGCUACUGUAGACUUGGAAUCUGCAAACACACGCAAGGUCGAGUCUCGUGUAGACAAGAAGAAGCUUGAAAAGGCUGAACGUAAGCUGCGUGCGAAACAAGACCGAAAAGUCUUCAAAACCGUCGAGUAUGAGGCUUCUCGGCUGCUCGACCAGCCGGAUGAGCAGCAGUCAUACGAGGAGUUCUUCAUGGCGGUCAACCCGCUGCAGUUGGGUGCAGACUCGCAGUCCAAGAGUAAAGAUAUCAAAGUCGAUGCCAUUGAUAUCUCCAUUGGUGGUAAGCGUAUCUUGAUGGAUACGAACCUGACGCUCGCCUACGGCCGCAGGUAUGGUCUGGUCGGGCAAAAUGGUAUCGGUAAAUCGACAUUGCUCCGAGCCCUCAGUAAGCGAGAGGUGGCGAUUCCUACUCACAUUUCUAUUCUUCACGUCGAACAAGAGAUUACGGGAGAUGACACACCGGCACUACAAGCAGUGCUGGACGCCGAUGUGUGGCGGAAACAUCUUCUGAGAGAACAGGAGAAGAUCACCAAGGAGCUCGCAGAACUCGAGGCCGAGCGAUCGUCCAUGGCAGACACGUCCACAGAUGCGGCACGACUCGAUCAGCAACGCGAGGGUCUCGAUAUCACGCUGAGUGAUGUCCAAGGCAAGCUCGCAGAGAUGGAGUCGGAUAAGGCAGAGCCACGUGCGGCCAGUAUUCUGGCUGGUCUGGGUUUCUCGCACGAGAGACAGCAGUUCGCGACCAAGACCUUUUCUGGUGGUUGGCGUAUGCGUCUUGCUCUGGCGCGUGCACUGUUUUGCGAGCCUGACCUGCUACUGCUGGAUGAGCCGUCGAACAUGUUGGAUGUUCCGUCCAUCACUUUCUUGUCAAACUACUUACAAGGCUACCCCAGCACAGUCCUGGUUGUAUCUCACGACAGAGCCUUCCUGAACGAAGUUGCCACAGACAUCAUUCACCAGCACUCUGAACGUCUCGAUUACUACAAAGGUGCAAACUUCGACUCGUUCUACGCGACCAAAGAAGAGCGCCGCAAGACCGCGCAGCGAGAGUACGAGAAGCAGAUGGGCGAACGCGCUCAUCUGCAAGCGUUCAUCGACAAGUUCCGCUACAACGCCGCAAAGAGUUCCGAAGCGCAAUCCCGCAUCAAGAAACUGGAGCGCAUGCCAGUCCUCGACCCGCCCGAGAGUGUCUACACUGUACACUUCAAAUUUCCCGAUGUCGAAAAGCUCUCUCCGCCCAUCAUACAAAUGGAUAAUGUCACCUUUGGCUACAGUCCCGACAAGAUCCUUCUCAAAAAUGUCGACCUCGACGUCCAACUCGACUCCCGCAUCGGUAUCGUCGGACCCAACGGAGCCGGCAAGACCACCGCACUCAAACUCCUCAUCGGGGCCCUCUCGCCCACUUCAGGUCUAAUUUCCCAAAACCCCCGUCUGAGAAUCGGCUUCUUCGCCCAACACCACGUCGACGCCUUAGACCUCAACGCCAGCGCCGUAGGCUUCAUGGCCGCUCAAUACCCAGGCAAAUCCGACGAAGAAUACCGUCGCCACCUCGGAGCCUUCGGCAUCACCGGCAUGACCGGCCUCCAAAAAAUGGCCCUCUUAUCCGGAGGCCAGAAAUCCCGCGUCGCAUUUGCGUGUAUCGGCUUACAAAACCCUCACAUCCUCGUCCUGGACGAACCUUCCAAUCACUUGGAUAUCGAAGCCAUGGACGCUCUCAGCACGGCGUUGAGCCAAUUCCAAGGUGGUGUCUUGAUGGUCAGCCACGAUGUGACCAUGUUGCAAAACGUGUGCACGAGCUUGUGGGUGUGCGAUAAUGGUACUGUCGAGCACUUUGAUGGCACGGUGAAGGAUUAUAAGAAGAGAAUUACGGCUCAGGCGGGCGAUGCGGGUGUUGUUGCUCAGCAUUAAAAAGAACCUCUCCGUCAUCCCUGAUCUGUCUGUCUGUCUGUCUGGAUAUGGACAUGAUGGAGUGUGGUGGUUACAUAGUCGUCUACAAGUACCGCCCUCGACAGUACCCAUAAGCAAACACCUAAAAGUACCUAAGUAUAUGUACCCAAGGUACCUAGGAGGUAAGGUAAGUAUCAAUCGAGAAAGCCAAAGACACUGUGUCUAGCACAGUUGCCUAGUCAAGUCAAUCACUCAAUCACUCAGUUAGUUCAAUCAGUUAUAAGAACAUCCUCC